AUCAAUCCUCUUUGACUCGACUGAUGCUCAGUCAUACAUCAAUGUUUAUAAAUAUUUCCUCUAUUUCUUAAUAACUCGAGGCGAAAGGUCUCAUUAACAAAACUCCAGAGUCGCCUGAGCUCCAUGAGCACAGGUUACCGGGCCCUUAUUUCUAGACAUUUAUUCCAAUGGAAAUCCUCGUCAGAUCGUGAAAACAGUGCAAUUAAAUUAAUUGUUGUAACAAUGUCAGCACCACGAGCUCUACCUCAAAGUAAAGAAGCUUUACUUAAAUCCUAUACAACGAGACUGAAAGACGACGUGAAAUCCAUGCUGGAGAAUUUUGAAGAGAUAAUAAAAUUGGCGAAAGGAGAAAAUGACUCACAGUUGUCCAGGAUGACCCAAUGUGAGCAGGACACAUACGAGAUGCAUGUGAGGGCUGCAAAUAUCGUGAGAGCUGGUGAAUCCCUCAUGAAACUAGUCUCCGACAUCAAGCAGUACCUUAUCCUCAAUGAUUUUCCUUCUGUCAAUGAUGCCAUCGCCACCAACAGUAAAUUGUUCAGACAGAAACAAGCUGAGUGCGAUCAGAAACUCGCAGCUCUCAGGGACGACAUGGCAGCUGAUCUCUAUGAUCUAGAAGAGGAAUACUACACGUCGAUUUAUAAAUGAACUGUGAUUACUCAUUAUCAACGAUUCACCUCAAUUCCGAUUUAUCAUCCAUUUAUCUCGAGAACCCUCUGCUUCACGAGAAAACGUCAAAGGACUUUUCAGUGAGGCCCGAUAUUUCCAAGAAAAAAGGUCUCUUGAGGUUUUAUUGUAAAAUCAAUAGUUGUUGAUUUAUCAGUAUUUAACAAAACUGGAAAAAUCGAAUUAUUUUGGAGAUUUGAAUUAUUUCUUUUCUCGAUAUUUAAGAUCGAUCUCUUCUGUAUUAUAUAGGCAUGAUAAGCUGAUAAAUAUAAUUUUUGAUAUCACAA